UGUGUAGAAUUAGAUUAUGGUGAAAGAAUGUAUAAGUAUUUGCAGCGAAGUAACCUCUUUUGGAGAUUUUUGUGCUUGGAGUUUGGUUUUGGGGUUUGAGAAAUGCAUUUUUAAUACUUGAUUUAGAGCAAGGAGUAUUCGAUCAUUUUGAGAGUGAUAAUAACGAUAUUGAUGCAUUUAUUGACUUGCAAGCUAUUGAGUAUGAUCAACAGGAGACUAUGGCUGAUACUAGAGCGAAUUUGGAAGCCUCUAGUGGAGGAGUCUCUUUAUUUGAUCAAUCUGAUGUCGAUGACACUAGCUCAAUUUUCGAGACUAAGUCUUCGUAUACAUCUACCCAAUCACACCAAAUCAAUGACUAAUCAGGUUAUUAUUUACCAGGAAUUCUGGUUCUCUUGAUGUCCAGGAUGCUUCACUUAUGAAUAAAUAGCGAGUGGUAAAGAAUUCAGCUCUUAGGAUUCUUUUUGCUCUCUCUAAUUCAUAAAAUUAAAGACUCAUUAUUCA